AUGAAUCUAACUUGUCAUGAACACAUGUCAAGUAAACAUGACAAAACAAGCAUGCUCAAAUUGGUAUUUUAUCUAUUAUUUGCGUAUAACGUCAUCGCACAUAUAGCACUAACUUUUCCUCCAGCACGAUUCCCACCUUUAGAUUUUUUGGAUACGUCUCGAACAAUGGCACCCUGUGGAGUUCCAAAACCCGAUUCACCCUUGCAUACCGAUCUAUAUGUCGGUGAAUCAUACAACUUCACAUGGCGACUUCAAUAUCCACAUCAAGGAGGGUAUCGAAUAUCAAUGAUCAAUGAAACUGGCGACAUUGUUGAAUAUCUGGCACCUGUGCAAGGUGGCGAAUAUAUUGGCAUUGAAGAUCAAAUAUCACAGAAUGCUGUCAUUCGCCCCUUGCAUUCUUGCUUUCACUGCACAGUUUUGCUUGAACGUCAAGCUCUCGAAUGGGGUAAAACAUACGGAUUUCGAUCUUGUGCUGAUGUUAAUGUGCAUCCUAAAGUACUAGAAAAUAAUGAACGAUGCUCGAAACACGGUGAAUAUGAAAAUGGCAAAUGCAAAUGCCAGCAUUCUUAUUCUGAUGACUGUUCAAGUGAUGAUGAUUGCCUGAAUGGUGGAAAGUGUGUGAGAGAACCACAUGCUGUCAUAACUCGAACUUGCUAUUGUGCGUUUGGUUACUUUGGUCAAAACUGUGAUCGAACAUAUGAUGGCAAAUCACAAAAUGACAGGUGUUUUAAUUACAAUUAUCCGAAAAAUGAAAAAGAUCAUGAUGGAUAUGGCUUGUUUCAGCGGGAAUGCUAUAAAAAAACAAUGCUAAAUGCUGAUGAUUUCAUUUAUUCUAGAGUUGUUCGAUAUUCAUCCAAUACUGAACUUUAUACAGAGUUGAAAAUGGAAAAAUUAAACAAUAACACUUUACAUACAAGUGACGAGUUAGAAGUUAUAUUGGAUUAUAAGUCUACAUCAUGGAUUUCGAUUGGUUGGCGACCAAUGGAAAUCGAUCGUUCCUGCAGAUUAUUUCCUGAUUUAGAAAGUUCUCGACAGAAACGAAGUACUACAGAACAAGUUGCAAACCUGUUUACGAAUAGAUCUGAAGGCCACAGUGUGGUUCAGGAGCAUGUUCCGGAAAUUGACCCAAAUAUGCCACCAGCGCCGUUACCUAAAUUGCCGAAAAAUAAUGGACUACAAGAUUCGGCACUUUUGGCACCUCUUCAUCCGAUGGAUUGCACUGAUGUUGUGAUUGGAUCAGUACAUGACGGACGAUUACGGAUCAAUGAUAUGUAUACCAGAGAUCGAUCCACACCACUUUAUGAUAUAUGGCUUGAUGGUGAAGAAUCGUUUUCCGCUGCUUAUGGAAUCGAACGAGAUGGCCGGACAACCAUAAUGUUUCGUAGGCGAAUUGCAGAAAUUGAACCAUCCGACCACCCACUUGGACCGGGAAAAAUCUUUGUCAUUUAUGCUAAAGGCCAAACAUCUGGCAAUUACUCUCACUCAAUUAAAACAGCUCUCGAAAAUGGUUCAGUUGGUGAUUACGAAUUCUACAAAGAUGAUCAAGUUAAAUAUCAUGGAAGCCAAAACCGCGGUGUUCAUCCAAUAGAGUUCGUUUCUAAUAAGGAACGAUUUCCGAGUAUUCGACCUUUGCCACGAUAUCGACAAGGAGAUUCAGCUGUUAAAAAUCUCUCAUCAACUGAAAUGCAUCACAGCACUAUGAAGCAAACAGCAGUCACACAAACUUUAGAAUCGGUUCCAUUAUUCGCUACGACUGAAAGCAAAAUAUCAAUAUCAUCAUCUUCUGAAUUGCAUACUGUAACAGAACUUCAUUCCGUAAUUGGAACACAACUCAUACUUGGCAACAAAAUCUCGACAUUUUCUGACUUUCAGCUGGAAUCCGACCUUAAGCCAAAACCUGAAAUACAGUCUGAACCUAAACUAGAAUCAAAACCUAAAUUUCAAGAACUUGAUUAUUUAUAUUUUGAUAAUGGGUCUUUAUCACAAAAGUUUUUUUUUUCUCGGUCACAAUUGGCUGUUGUUUUGCCUUUAACAUUGUUUACAUUUUUAUCUGUUAAUUUGUAAUA